AUGAAGACAUCAUCUAUCCUCGCCGCAUGCGCGUCUGGCCUUGCCGUACAGGCUUUCAGCGUUCCGAGAAUCGCCCAGAAUGCAGUCCAGCAAGUGCAAGGCUUCAUGUCGCCUGAGCAGUACCUGAUCGAGCUUGCUCCUGGCGAGACCAAGUGGGUAACCGACGCAGAGAAGUGGGCACUGAGAAGGGAAGGCAUCUCGUUCUUCGACAUCACCGACACACCUGACUUGGGCUCCGUGCCAAAGUCCAACGCCGCCGUCAAGUUCCCAGCUCAUACCGAGUACAAUGCUACUGUCAAGGGCCUCGCCGGCAACCUGACCAAGUCGAACAUGCACGACCACCUCGAGACCUUCACCGCCUUCCACACACGCUACUACAAGAGUGAAUACGGCGCCAAGUCAUCCUUCUGGCUGCUCGGCCAGGUCAACGACACUCUGGCACAUGCCGGAGCUCUGAAGCACGGUGCAAGCGUCAAGCACUUUGAGCAUGCUUGGGGACAAAACUCCAUCAUUGCCACCCUUCCCGGCAAGACAAACAAGACGGUUGUCAUUGGCGCCCAUCAGGACAGCAUCAACCUCUUCUUCCCUUCGCUUCUUGCCGCUCCUGGUGCUGAUGAUGACGGUUCCGGCACUGUCACCAUCCUCGAAGCUUUGCGUGUCCUGCUCCUCAACCAGGACAUCAUCCAAGGCAAGCAAGAGAACACUGUCGAGUUUCACUGGUACAGUGCCGAAGAAGGUGGUCUGCUAGGAUCUCAAGCCAUCUUCCAGACCUAUGAGAAGGCUGGUCGUGACGUCAAGGCUAUGCUUCAGCAAGACAUGACCGGCUACGUCCAGCAGACUUUGGAUGCAGGCGAGCCUGAGAGUGUCGGUGUCAUUACCGAUUUUGUCGACCCUGGUCUCACCGAGUUCAUCAAGAAGGUCGUGACCACAUACUGCGACAUCCCUUACGUACUGACCAAGUGUGGCUACGCAUGCUCUGAUCACGCCAGCGCCAGCAAGGCCGGUUACCCCAGUGCCUUUGUGAUUGAAAGUGACUUCAAAUACAGCGACAACAAGAUCCACACGACUGAGGACAAGAUCGAGUAUUUGAACUUCGAUCACAUGCUCCAGCACGCAAAGCUUACUCUUGGCCUCGCCUUUGAGCUCGCCUUUGCUCGUUUCUGA